AUGUAAAAAUAUUUGAAAUAAAAACUUAUUAAUACGUGGCGUAUUGUUAAUUCUUUAACGUCUGAAUAAGUUUCCAAAAAUUAGUAGUGAACCGAAAAUGAUUUAUGCCUGUGUUUUACUUUGUGCAUUCAUCCCAUUCGCAUACACAUUAGAGCCCGAACAGUAUUUUACUGAUAAUGAAGCCAAAGAAGUUUUUACAUUGGAAGAAAUAAAAUGUACGGAACAAAAAAAAUUUCUCGUAAAUAUAAAUCAUAAAGCCAUCAUAAUUAAUGGCAAAUUGAGCAUUCAAUUUCCGAGAGAAGAAUUCAAAGUCUUUACGUAUAAAAAUACGAAAGACGUUGAUUUUUUUAUAAGUGAAACGUAUGUGAAUUUUCAAGGACGAAUGCUAAGUGAUAGAAUAUAUGAAAAUCUGAAACCAAUAAGUCAAAUUUUUCACACGCGAAUCUUGGGAGUUGCUGUCUUAAAGGUAGAAAAGGAUAUUUCUCCUUAUGACACUAUUCUCACACAGUGUCAAACAUUUUUACCGAGGAAUGAAAACGAUAGUUUCAAAUUUCCCAUUGAAGUGAGAAAUAAAAUUCUUCACUUGGCAGAGAGUUGUUUAAAUAUUGAGUUAGCGGUAAAAAUUGGAAGGCUGUUGCCAAAGGAUUUUCCAAAAAUAACUGAUUUUAAUAAUUUUGAACCCCAUUCUGUUGAUUUAAAUCAUAAGAAUGGAAAUUCAUGCCCUAGUCAUUCAAUAACUGAGGAGAAAAAGAAAUUGGAUUCAAUGCAGUUGGCGCUGAAUACAAUUGUCGAUGUUGCAUUUAUAGAAUUGAAAACGAUCCUAAAAGAAAGAAAAAUGGAGAUAAUAGAAAUUCCAAACAUUUUUCAAAAAUAUGAUGCAUUCAACGAUACCUAUAUUAAAAUGUCAGGUUAUUUUCUAGGCGAAAAUAUUACUUUCGAAGAUUUAUCAACAGUAAAAAGAACAAGUGAAGUUGUCAUUGAUCAAAGAAAUCAAAAGCUUUCAAUUUCAUUUGGCUUUGGAUUGGACAGAGCGAAAAUUCAUCUUGGUUACUACGAGGCAAAAUUCGUUGUUUUUUCAAUGAGAGGAAGUAUUUUGGCAUCAGUUAAAAAUAUUGAUGCUGAUAUCAAAUUGUCAAUGGAUUUUAAUAAAAAGCAAUGCAAAACAAGUUUGGAUGAUUUUCGCUUUUCGCAAUUCGAUGAUUUGCUAGUUAAUAUUUCCGGUAAUAAAAUAAUUAGUCCCCUAGCGUCAAAAAUAAUUACGUCAAUUAUCAAUAAAUGGAGAACAAAGAUUGCUGAGUUUAUUGAAACAGCAAUUGGUGAACUUGUAACAUCUGAACUUGAUGAAUUCAAUUGUGAAACUUACAGAUCUGCUCUGAAUCCAGAAUAUUAGUUUCUAAUAAAAUAUUUACAUAUUUCAAUGGUAUAUAGAAAUUUUUUUCUUUUCUUUAAUAUUUUUUCAGUUAAAUUUACCAUUAUAAUUAAUAUUUAUAAUAAAAAACAAAUUGUACAGUAGA